CCUGCCCACAUAAUCAUCCCUCCUGCAGGUCACAGCAGCGACGGCAUGGUAUACCGCUUGUCCUAAGAAAUCCGCCUUUUUCUUCGACUGGCUUUCUCCUCUUCCUUACAAUCCGACUCUUCCUCAGACGACCAUCGGCAGGACAACGACCUUGACGUUGCGUCCUCAAACGUCCUCCUCUCACUCUUACUCUUUCAACCCUCGAGGACCUUCCUGCAUCAUAUCUGUUGGCAAUAUGCGCGCCAUAAUCGCCGUCCCCUGCAUCGUCCUCCUCCUACUCCGCGCCUACACCCGCCACAGCCUCACACCUGUAGCCAUCUUGACCGCUGGGCUGACCGCGAGCAUCCACGCACUACACCCAUCCCCUCUCCCCUUCACACUCCUCGGCGUAUUCUUUCUGCUCGGCACAUGGGCUACCAAAGUCAAACACGACGUCAAAGCCACCCUUACACAAUCGUCCAGCGGGAGCUCCGCAGGCGAAGGACCACGUACAAGUGUCCAGGUCUUUGCGAACAGCGGCGCAGCCACCGCCCUGGUCUUGCUGCAUAUCUACCUUUAUGGCCUCUCUUCCAGCUCCUCCAGCUCCCUAAAAUGGUGCUUUGGUGGAGCCGACACCAAAAAUAGAUGGGCAGAUCUAGUUCUCCUGGGUUUAAUGGCAAACUACGCAGCCGUGGCCGCCGACACGCUGUCCUCGGAGUUGGGCAUCCUGUCGAAAAGCAAGCCCGUCCUCAUCACCACCCUCCGCACCGUUCCACCAGGCUCCAACGGCGGCGUCACUCUCGCCGGCCUGCUUGCUGGAGUAGCAGGGAGCGCCGCGAUUGCGCUGACAAGUCUAUUCCUCCUCCCAUUCUGCGCGGAUAGCAGCGUCACACACCUGCAGACCUUCGUUCUCCUCACACUCCUCGGCACAGCGGGCACACUGCUCGACUCACUGCUCGGCGCGGUUCUGCAAGCGUCGGUGAUCGACCGUCGGACGGGUAAAAUCGUCGAAGGACCUGGCGGUGUGAAAGUCCUUACGAAACGGCAACCUCAACCUCACCAAGGACUAAACGGAGAAUCCAAGGAAGGCCAUGAGAGCAGAGUGAUCAAUUCCGGCCACGACAUCCUGGACAAUAACCAGAUCAAUUUUCUGAUGGCCAGCAUCAUGAGUGUAUCUGGCAUGGUUGCGGGAAGUCUAAUGCUAAGCUGAUAAAAAUAGACGCGCCGUUAUAGAGAUAGAGUGAUCGUAUUAAUAUUUGAAGUGGUUCGCCCUCAAGAAUCUCC